AUGCUGACCGAAAAGAUCAAGCCCGAAUACGUCGACCUCGACGCCGAGUUUCACCCACUUCCCAAGUACGGCCACCUCUCCGCUAAACACCCGGUCUAUGCGGCCUCGGAAGCCGCUAUCAGCGCCAUGUACGCCCAGAUUCAAGCCCAGCCAGAUUUCGCGUCGGUGCGCAGAGUAGCUGGCGACGCGGACGCGCCGAUGCCCCGGGGCGGACCGGAUCGGUACCGGGAUGUGACCACGCAGCUGCUGUACUUCAAGGCCCGGGAUGGGGAAGAGAUCGAGCUCAAGGUGUACAAGUCGCCGAAUGUUCGGCCGAAUGCGGUUUUGAUGUAUCGCAUGCACGGAGGCGGAUGGUGCGUGGGCCGUCAUGAGGUUGACGGUGCCGAGAACGUCUACGCUGCGACCAACAAGAACAUUGUCGUCGUGAGUGUUUGCUAUCGCAAGGCGCCGGAGGAUCCUUUCCCUUGUGGGCUGCACGACAGCUAUGACGGUCUCUUAUGGGCCGCCGCCCUCGCAAUCGAGUGUAGAGACAACGGUAUCACAGGCGUCAGCGCCCAAGUCCUGCACUUCCCAAUCAUCUGCCACCCGAAGUUCUUUCCCAAAGAAAAGUACGAGUAUGGUAGCUACAUCCAAAACAACGACAACCCGGUCAUCGGCUCUCUGGCAAUGGAAGGCGCCCUUGAUGCGUACCUGCCCAAGCCGAUGCCCGAUCAUCGCCAUUCGCCCAUACUGGCUGAGUCUCUGAAGGGCCUGCCUCGUACGCUCAUACAGUGCGCCGGCUACGACGUCCUUCGGGAUGAAGCUCUCGCGUAUGCGGAAGCAUUGGAGGUUGAGGGGGUCGAUGUCGAGGUGCAUGCGUACCGAGGCCUGCCUCACUGCUUUCCUGCGGUUUUGCCGGCUGCUGAGGAGGAAGUAUCGACGUUUUACGAGAGGUACAUGGUGUUUUUGGACAAGGUGGCAGGCGGAUCAAGUUGA